CUUUUCUCAUUCAAAUAAGCAAUUAUAUUUUCCCCUGCUAUGUUUCGAAGAGAGUAGGUUUAGUAUGACGACAUUCGCAGAAGCGCUUUAUAACGGGUGGCUUUACCUCUCGUAGUUGAUGUUUACAAAAUGUCAAUGAUUUCAAAGUAAAAUUUGGGAGUGGUGGAGAUGUUAGAUCAUCAUGGAAUCGCCUCACAAGACCAUCGUUCCCGAGUGCACCAUGCAAACAGAGUCAGUCCAGCUCCUGAACACCUACAACUCGAAUCUCGGAACAAUAUGGCUGAAUCUCCUCAACGUAGAGGUUGUGCCUUCCAACAACUACCUACCGUCCACUGCACAAGUACCAGCGCACCAGAUGGCGGUACUAUGGGAGCCUACGGUACUAUUGCAGUUGUAUUCUGUUUUGUAGUAGUGGUCUGUACUUUCCCUUUUUCGUUAAUCUUUUGUUUAAAGAUCGUACAGGAGUUCGAACGUGUGGUUAUAUUCAGACUUGGUCGGACAAUAUCCGGUGGAUCUCGAGGACCCGGAGUGUUCUUCUUCCUUCCUUGCAUCGAUAAAUACGACAUUGUGGACCUAAGGACUUUGGCGUUUGACGUCCCACCACAGGAGUGUCUGACGAGGGACAGCGUAACGGUAACUGUGGACGCAGUCGUCUUCUUCAAGAUCACAAAUGCUACGGUAUCUAUCACCAAUGUGCAGAACGUUCAAGCGUCUACGAAGCUCUUGGCUCAGACUACACUUAGAAACAUGAUAGGCACAAGAAUCCUGUCGGAUAUAUUGACUAAGAGAGAAGAACUUAGUGCGCAGAUGCAGAUGAUCCUUGACGAAGCAACCAAUCCCUGGGGUGUGCAUGUUGAACGUGUCGAAAUGAAAGACGUACGAUUACCCGUCCAGCUACAACGCGCAAUGGCUGCCGAGGCAGAAGCUACGAGGGAAGCCAGCGCCAAGCUUAUUUGCGCCAACGGAGAGAAGAAAGCAUCAAUAGCUCUACGAGAGGCUGCUGACACCAUGAAUGAUUCAACCCAUGCCAUGCAGCUCCGAUACCUCCAGACACUCAACACCAUCUCGGCAGAGAAGAACUCCACCAUUGUUUUUCCCUUGCCUAUUGAAUUUCUUAACAAGUUUCUGCAGUAGGAGAUUCUAGGUAAAUGGAUUGUUCGUCUCACACAGUCAUGAUGUACCAUACCUUUGUGCCCUUGGGUUUUCCAAGAAUCCCAGACUUAAGUUCUAGUUAUAAUGGCAACAAAAUGGUGCAGCUUGACCUGCAACAUUAUAGCAUUGCAAGUUGCUCAUAUCAAUUUUCCAUGCGCAACAUUCUUUGAAGAGCAAAGUAGAAGCUUUCUCUACUCUUGGCAACAAUGAAAACUUUCUUACAUUUCUAUUCUCUGCGUAUCUCGUCGCACAACAUUUGCAGACGCAUAAGUGGUGUCAUACCCUGCAUAUUUUCAAAGUGGUUUUACUUGGUCAAUGAUAGAAACCAACUAAUGAAGUAUGUAUAGUGUAUCAUAAUUGGUAUUUGCUGGGUUUCAAUUAGCUGGUAAAAGUCUUUGAAUCUCGUUAUCUGCUCCAAAUGAUGGUUAAACACGGACCACCAUGUGCUGUCAACCAACAACAACGACAACUGUUUAUUUGUACCAUCCAUUACAAUUACGAUUACAAAUUAUAAAUGAUAAGAAAAAAUAAAGGGUUCAGGUACUAGCUGUCUGAAAUAACCAUAAGGGCUAAGUUAAAUGGAAAACUUCUAUUGAAAAUUUGCAAUAAACCCCAAUUCUCAGGAGAUUGAAAUUCUUUUGUUUUAUCCUGAGCUGCUUUGACGUCACAUGCAAGAGGUCUAUUCUGCAGAUGAACAUUUCGCAUGAAAAAGGAAAUGCUAUCAAGUGAAACCAAAUAAUAGUUCAUAUUAUAUAGACCGAACUAGAUAGCUUGCAACAAUUUUUAAUGAGUAUAAAAUAAUAUUAGUACCUUAUUAAUGAACAUUAUACUAUUUUAUCACAGGCCAAGUAAGAACACUUUACCUUCCACAAACAUUGAAGACACAAAAAUAAUUCAAUUUCAGAUUAUUUUUCAUCAAAGUACACAAGUCAAAAAGCGUAAAAUCAUAAUUUUGAAUUCAAGCCUCUAAAGAAAUUUAAAAAAUAACUUUCAUAAAAAUUGAAUGCAUUUUAAUGUUUUUUUAUUGUACAUAGCCAACAUAGAACUAAAUGCAAAAUAUUCAUGUGCUAAAUAUUAAAUACUUUAGCUUUUCAUUCCACUGCACAGUUAAAAAAAUAUUAAAUAUAUGAAGUACUUUUGUUAAA